GUGCACAGCUUGCGCUUCCAGCCAUACAACACAGCACGCACACAAUGGCUACGACGUUGACGCCCUUCCUCUACCAGACGAGGACAAUCCUAAGGGCCUCCGUCUCUAUUCGAUCCCUCUCGACAACCGCAGGCCGGCCCCAUCCCCGAAGGCGCGGCUCGCAAAGCAUCCCCUUCGAAUGGGAUGGCCCUGCCCAAGAACGAACUGAUAUCCCCAGCGGCCCAGACGGCGAGAGAAAGUCCACCAUCACCCCGACCGAGCGACAGGUUUUCCGUGCCAUCUUUGACGAUAUUGCGAAGCGCGGCGGCCAGGUCCCGCCACAGGCUGCUACCCCGGGCGCUGCAGACGACGCCUCCUCCUCGCAAGUCGAACCCGAACUAGAGUCCGGAUCUCGCGAUGCCAUCCUGCGAAAAUACCCCCCUGCUCUGCGCCGCGCGGCUGAGGUCGCGCUUGGAAUGCGCCAGGUGCAAGGCGACCAGCUGACCUCGUCGCGCAUCUCCUUCAAGCCGGAAGAGGAGCUCGAAUCAGACCUGGAAGAGGCCGCCAAGCUCGAAGCUGCGCGGAGGGACGCCCGCGCCCAAGAAGCUGUCCGUCUACAGGCCCUUCUGGAUCAGUGCAACACCGACGUUGAGGUCUGGAACGUUUUGGAACGCGACGUCUUCUCCAUGGUCGCAAGGUUGGGUAUCUCUGAAGACAAGCAGCGCCAGCCGGAUCCGGAAAAGAAGGCCAAGCCCUCGUUGCACAAGAAGUCGUCCAAAAAGGCCCAGCCAGACGCCCUCAGCAUGGACUCCCAUGGUCCGCUGUACUCCAUGCACCUCCUGCAGGGCCUCAAGACCCUCGACCAGUCCUUUGCGCACUCCUCCCCACUGGCGUUGAACGUCCUCCCGCGGGUCAAGGAGCUCGGCCUGGCCUCGUAUGUCCUCGGCGUCUCUACGCCAUUCUACAACGAGCUGGCCUCUAUCCUCUGGUACCGCCACGGUGACACACAGGCCGUGCUCGCCGUGCUGGACGAGAUGCAGUUCGCCGGUCUCUUCUACGACAUGCAGACGCUGCGCCUCAUCGAUACCAUUGAGCUGGCCCUAGACUCGUUCCGUGGCGGCAAGCUGGGGGUGUUCUCCCAGGCUGUUGGCACCAUGCCGGGCUACAAUCUCGAUGUCAAAUCUAGGGUGGCGCGUUACGCGCGAAGGGUCCGCCAUAGCCUUAGGGAGCGCAGAGGUAGUGCGCGAUACUAA